UGAGUGCAGGACCACUGCCACAAAGGGAAGGAGCAGGCGGCUGAACAGCCUGAGCUGAAAUGCUGUGUCCUCUCCCACCGCUUGGAGGAUAGACUCAAAUACUAAUGGAGUGCAAGUCAAAGCAGAGAUCUGGAAAAGGCCUGACCCAAGACUGGAAGCUCUAUUUAACCUAGAGAAGGGAGUCAAAGCCCCGGUGAAGAUUCUGUGACGGUUCAUUGUAUAAUUUAUGAUGAUGAAGAUUGAGUUGCAUUUUGCGGAAAAGAGAUGUUGAGAUAUCUAAGGCAUUGAGAAAUCUGUCAUGCAGACAUGCACACAGGGAGAGGGAGUACCCAAACUGAUGAGAACUUACAGGAAUUGGACCAUCUAAGCCCUUAGAAAGUGAAGUCCACUGUGUCUCAAACAAAGGAUGGCAAGUGUUCAUGACAUCAAUACUACCCAAGGCUUCAGAGUCAUUGGAUUGCAGGUGUGUGACAUUUUUCCUACCUGUUGAAUUUUUCCAAAGAGUAUGAGGGUUUUGCCAGUGUGCAUGUAUAUCAUGUGUGCCUCAUCUUUACUGUAGUCAGAUGGCAGCCUCAGAACACUUAAACUUGAAGUAAUGAGCAGUUGUGGGUCCUCAUGUAAAUACUGGCCAUUGACCUCCUUUUUGUGGAAGACCAGAAAGAGCUUUCCACUGCUGAACUAUCUCCCUGCCCUAUGUUGCUCAUUUAUGAUCCACAUUUAUAUUACUAGUAUUUUCAUCUAUCCAUUUGUAACUGUUUAAACAUACAUGUAAAUAUACAUUCUCUUCUAUAAAAUUUGUUUCCAUUUAAACUGGGGCACUUCAGGUUUCUGCUAGAUGACUACAGACUGUAUACUGUAGUGAAUGUAUAAUUCUUUGUAGGAACUUCUGUAAAGACCUCUGAAUUCUUUCUAUGUUUUUUGUUGGCUUGAUUCCAUUUUGCAGGGGAUUGAAGGUCUUAAUAUGUACCUUUGUUGUCCUGGAACUCAUUGCAUAGCUUAGGCUGGCAUCAAACUCAAUGACCUACACCUGCCUGUACCUCUGGGAUAAAAGACAUGAAUAAACACACCCAGCUUGCCUAUCAUUUUUGUACUUUGUGAUUGGUCAUACAAUGUUUCUGAUGUGUGCUUAAUAAUGUUUGCAUCUCUCCUUCCCCCUCUCUGUCAAUGGUAAUUUGUCUUGCAAGGCUGUAUCCUAUUCAGAGCAUUCAGAAGUGACACAGGUGAACCUCAUAGUUCAGUUUCCUUCUAAAAUAACUUGCUGAUUAGAUUGUAACUUCUCUGUCAGGAAAUAGUGGAGGAAGCACCAGAAGUAUAUGUAUAUAUUGUCAAGGAGGCAUAUAUUUAUUUACAGUGAUGUCAGGAUUAUGCUUUGUGUUGUACACAUGUAUGGGAUAUUUUAGGAUGCAGUGACUUAUGAUGAUGUGCGUGUGAACUUCACUGAGGAAGAGUGGGAUUUGCUGGAUCCUUCCCAGAAAAGUCUCUAUGAAGAGGUGAUGCUAGAGACAUACCAGAACAUCACUGCUAUAGGCUACAAUUGGGAAGACCAUCAUAUUGAAGAACAUUGUCAAAGUUCUAGAAGACAUGAAAGGCAUGAAAGAAUUCAUAUUGGAGAGAAACCGUAUGAACGUAACCAAUGGGGUAAAGCCUUUGCAAGUGACAAUCAUCUCCAAAUACGUAAAAGAACAAAUACUGGAGAGAAACCUUAUGAAUGUAAUCAAUGUGGUAAAGCCUUUUCACAACAGAGUAGUCUCCAGUAUCAUAAAAGAACAUAUGCUGGACAGAAACCUUAUGAAUGUAAUCAGUGUGGUAAAGCCUUGUCAUGUCAAAGAAAUCUCCAAUAUCAUAAAAGAACACAUACUGGAGAGAAACCCUAUGAAUGUAAUCAGUGUGGUAAAGCCUUCACACAUUACAAUAAUCUCCGAUAUCAUAAAAGAACACAUACUGGAGAAAAACCUUAUGAAUGUAAUCAGUGUGGUAAAGCCUUUGCACGUUACAAUAAUCUCCAGUGUCAUAAAAGAACACAUACUGGAGAGAAACCUCAUGUGUGUGAUCAAUGUGGUAAAACCUUUGCAUGGCAGUAUACUCUCCAAAAACAUAAAAGAAUACAUACUGGAGAGAAACCUUAUCAAUGUAGUCAAUGUGAUAAAGCAUUUUCAGAACACAGUAGUCUUCAAUAUCAUAAAAGAACACAUACUGGAGAGAAACCUUAUGAGUGUGAUCAAUGUGGUAAAGCCUUUGCUUGGCAGUGUAGUCUCCAUAUCCAUAAAAGAACACAUUCUGGAGAGAAACCUUAUGAGUGUAAUGAAUGUGGUAAAGCCUUUGCACAUCACACUAGUCUCCAAAGUCAUAAAAGAAUACAUACUGGAGAGAAACCUUAUCAGUGUGAUCAGUGUGGUAAAGCAUUUGCACAUCAAAAUAAUCUCCAAUAUCAUAAAAGAACACAUACUGGAGAGAAACCAUAUGAAUGCAAUCAAUGUGGUAAAGCCUUUGCAAGUCACAGUCAUCUCCAAAUACAUGAAAGAACACAUUUUAGAAAAAACCCUUAGAAUGCAAUCAAUGUUGUAAAGACUUUGGAUGUAAGACUAAUCUCCAAAGACAUAAAGGAAUAUAUAUGGGACAGAAACCUUAUGAAUGUAAUCAAUGUGGUAAAGCAUUUGCAACUCACAGUCAUCUACAAUGACAUAAAAGAACACAGAGGAGAGAAACCUGGUUAUUGUUUACAUAUUGACAUAAGGAGAUGCAAGUAUGUAUCAACUUGACAAGGGAUGGAUUGUGAUUGCUACUCUUGGUUUUCAAUAUAAGAUCUAAAGUGGAAAGCAUAGGUCCAGGCAUGGUGGUACAUGCCCUUGAACCCUAGGAGAUGAGCAUCAAGCAGAUCUCUGAGUUCAAGUCCAUCCUGAUACAGAACAAGUUUCAGGUGAAGAAAAGCUAAGGUCUAGGCCGGUGGAUACAGAGCCUUGCAGAUCUCUGAGUUCAAGGUCAGUAUAUAGAGCAAGUUCCAGGACAGCCAAGCUGAGGCAGUAAAGGAGUUGGAGAACAGAAAACUGGUGAUAAUGUAAUAGAAGAGGCCAUGUCCCAGGCCCAGAAAGCAGCAGAGCUCAGCAACUUUGUCCAUGUGGCUCUGACUUUAGAGGUAAGAAUAGAAGGGACUACUGGGAAAAUUGAAGCUUGUUAGCUGUGGAUGAGAAAUUAGAAGUGAUGAAGAAGAGACCAGCAUCAUUGAGGUGAAAUUUUCUAGGAAGUGUUUUCUGAGAGGACAAAGAAACUGUGUUCCAGAGAUAGCCAGGAUUGUACCUUGUGUUGCAGCUGAACUUGGUCACAUGUAAGAAUCAUCCAGGUGGUACUGGUUUUGAAGGCAUGACGGUGUCAUGAGGAGCAGCUGAGGCUUGGACCAAUGAAGGGAGCAUAAGUGAGACUAUCAGUGAAGCCUAGUUGCAGGAGAAGAACCCAACAUAUUGAAGAUGCCAGUCCAAUGGGAUGAGCAGAAAGAACAGCCCAGUAGAGUGGAGUCAACCAGAGCUUAGAGUGAUACAGAGGUCAGAGCUAGAGAAGUGACCUUAUCUCUUUGGAGGACUGCAGAAGAUCAUGUGUGGAUCCAAGACAUUGGAGCAAGAAGCUGUAACACUGAGGUUACCUUCCAGACCCCAAGAUCUUUGAGAUGUCAGAGCUGUGGGGUACCUGCUCAGGAAAACCAGCCAAAGAGAAAGAAUUGUGCUGCAGUUAACAAAGCAUAAAAGGAGUUGGAGAUCUAAAGAAUGCUUUAACAUGACACAUGGAGAUGCAGUUUCAAGAUUUCCAAGUUGACUUUUGGUUUUGUUUUCGUCCAGUAAUUCCUCAUGAUGACAUUUUGGAAUGGUGAAGUCUAUGUUGUGAAGUUGGAAUUAUAUGAUCUGCAUUUAGAUUUUUCUUUUUUAGGGGAUUACAGUUACAUUGAAUGAAUCUCAGAAGAGACUUUGACCUUUGGACUUUUAACGUAUUUGAGACUGGUAUAGAUGAUGGGGACUUUUGAGGUUGGACCUCGUGUAUUUUUCAUUAUGCAUGUUUAAAUAUGUUCCUUAUACAUUCCUGUACUCCAACAUGCUUAAGGGGGCCAGUGAGUGGAAUGUGGGAGUUUGAAUAUGCUUGUGACAGGGAGUGACUCUAUUCAGAGGUGUGACCUUGUAGGAGAAAGUGGAUAUCUCUGGGGGUGGACUUUGAAGCUCCACCAAGUGCAAAACAGACCCUCCUAUUCCCUCUCUGGAAGACAGUUUCUUCCUGGCUGCCUUUGGAUCAAAAUGCAGAACUCUCAGCUCCUUCUCCAGCAUCAUGUCUGCCUGCAUGCUGCUGUGCUUCCUCUGAAACUGUAAGCCAGCCCCAAUUAAAGGUUUGCUUUUAUGAGAGUUGCCAUGGUCAUGAUGUCUAUUCCUAGCAAUGGAAACACUAAGACAGAAACCUUGGGAGUGUAUUUAAUAUAGUGAAACCUUUUCACAAUUCUGUAGGCUUCAUCAUCAUGAAAGAAUAUAUACUGGAGCCAGACAGUGGUGGUGCAUGCCUUUAAUCCCAUCACUUGGGAGGAAGAUGCAGGCAGACUUCUGAGUUCUCGGCCAGCCUGGUCUACAAAGUGAUUUCCAGGACAGCCUGGGCUAUAGAGAGAAACCCUGUCUUGAAAAACCAAAACAAACAAAAGAGUAUGUCCUGGAGAGAAACCUUUUGAAUGUACUUCCUAUGGUUAGGCUUCUUCCUACGGUUAAGAAGGAAUCACUUUGACAGAUACAGUUCUCAUUCUCUGUCUUUAGAACCUGAGCAUCACCCAGGAGUUCAUGACAAGCUCCUUCUUGGACCCUGUCUACAUGUGUUAAAUCAGAAGUUUUGCUCUCAGUAUAUGACUCCUAGAAAAAUAAUUAAAGGUGGCCCCUGAACUCUAUAUUUCUGACUCUCCAGUUACUACUAAUCUAUCUUUCAAGCAGAGGCCCCAUAUCCUUGAGCUCUCUGGGAGCAGAGGUGAUCAGAAAGGUAGUCAAGGGCUCUGAAGCCCCUCAGGCACACGCGAGGUUUCAGGCAACACCAGCCCCACUCUGAAGCACACACACAAAAUCCUGUUGAGGAUUAAUCUAAUGCCUGCUCUCUGACACAGCGUUUGCAACACAGCAGGUAGAACUUGCCAUAUCCACCCAACAAACCCCAUACACAUCUAGGAAACUUCUACAGCUCAGAAACUCCUGUUGUACCUGAAAUUGGAUUUCCCAGAAUCAUGCCAGGUUCAAUGGUGGCAGUGGAAAAGUGAAAAUAUUCUGAUCAAGUAUUGCUAAACAAUGAUCCCCAUCACUGCCUUUAUACGACUUUCAAAUACUUCAUAACAUAUGUCACACAACAGUGAAUGUGUUUGAGCCUAUCCCUAACCCCUAACCCUAACCACUAAUUCCUUACCCUGUUAUCUCUUGACUCUCCUCUAUGUAUACUGAAUAGAGUAUAGAAUUAGGCUUAGAUUGAUGCCAGUUUGUCAUUAAUGUUUGCCUGAAGACAGACUUUUUUCCCAUAUGUAUUUCCUUCAAGUCUCAUACUCUAAGUGCCUUAAAUGCCUCACUUAUUCCUUCACAACUUGCAAGCAUUUUUGUAGGGUUUUAUUUUUCAUAUUGGAACGUUCCUUCAUAAUCUACAUAUAACGCCUACUUUGUUAAAACUGUUUCAAUGUUUCAUCACUCUAACAUUUUAUAUUUGCUAAUACCAUAAGAUACAAUAGGUUUAACAAAUCCACCAUCUCCUGUGAGAACAUUUAUUCAAGGGUGGGGAAUAAGCAAUGUUUAUCUCCUCUUUCUAAGUUCUCAGUGGCACCACAUCUCAAAA